UUUUUUUUUUUGUUCAACAUAAUCGUAUCUACUAAUAUUCUAAAAAUCUGUCAUUGUGUUUCAUUCCAAAGAGUACAAUGGAAACCGCGAACAUCAACAGUCAAACAAAUCUUCUAUCGAAGAUAGACCUAGAAAAGCAAAACCCAACCAAAACGUUCCCACCAAUCUCUGAGCUUAAAGCUGAGGCAAAGUCUCUCUUCUCCUUAGCCUUUCCAACAAUCCUGGCCGCUCUCAUCCUCUACGCUCGCUCAGCCAUCUCCAUGCUCUUUCUCGGUCAUAUCGGUGAACUAGAGCUCGCUGGUGGCUCCUUGGCCAUUGCCUUCGCCAACAUCACUGGAUACUCAGUCCUCGCAGGCCUUGCACUCGGCAUGGACCCACUCUGCUCUCAAGCCUUUGGAGCCGGCAAGCCAAAACUCCUCUCACUAACUCUUCAGAGAACCGUGCUUUUCUUGCUCACCAGUUCGCUUGUGAUCGUCACUCUGUGGCUCAACUUGGGAAAGAUCAUGAUCUCUCUCCAUCAAGAUCCAAGUAUUUCAUCGUUGGCUCAAACAUAUAUCCUAUGCUCUAUUCCUGACUUGCUCACCAACUCUUUUCUUCAUCCUCUUCGCAUAUACCUUCGAGCACAAGGAAUCACAAGCCCAUUAACGAUCGCAACACUAGCCGGCACCAUCUUCCACAUACCCAUCAACUUUCUCCUCGUUUCUUACAUGGGAUUGGGUUUCGUCGGUGUUUCAAUGGCUGCAGCCGCUUCAAAUCUCUUUGUCGUUGUGUUCCUUGUGGUCCACGUUUCGGUCAAAGGUCUACACGAGCCAACGUGGACUCGCCCCAGCUCAGAAUGUUUCAAAGACUGGGUCCCACUGAUCAGUCUCGCGAUACCUAGCUGCGUAGGCGUAUGCCUAGAGUGGUGGUGGUACGAGAUAAUGACCGUUCUUUGUGGCUUACUCGUAAACCCUAAAACACCAGUUGCAGCGAUGGGUAUUCUCAUCCAAACGACGUCGUUGCUUUACAUUUUCCCAUCGUCUCUAGGGUUCGCCGUCUCCACCCGCGUAGGCAACGAACUAGGGUCAAACCGACCCGAAACGGCUAGGUUAUCAGCCAUCAUUGCCGUUUGUUUCGCCGGGGUAAUGGGCAUGACUGCCUCUGCGUUUGCUUGGGGAGUAAGCGACGUAUGGGGACGGAUCUUCACAAACGACAUUGACAUCAUCAAGUUAACAGCGGCUGCCCUGCCUAUUCUAGGGCUCUGCGAGCUCGGUAACUGCCCGCAAACAGUAGGUUGCGGUGUCGUCAGAGGCACGGCACGGCCGUCCAAAGCUGCCAACAUAAACCUAGGAGCGUUUUAUCUCGUUGGAACGCCUGUAGCGGUUGGGCUAACGUUUUGGGCCGCGUAUGGAUUUUGUGGGCUUUGGAUAGGUCUUUUCGCGGCUCAGAUAUGCUGUGCUGCUAUGAUGCUUUAUGUUGUGGCUACUACAGACUGGGAGGGAGAAGCGAAGAGAGCCAGAAAGCUAACGUGCAGUGAAGGCGUCGAUGUGGUGAUUACAGCGCAAGGUAACGGUGAUGACCUUACGGAACCAUUCGUUUACGUUGUCACGGUCGCUGCUGAUUGACUCUAAUCGAAUGGUUUGCGUUUUUUCUUUUAUUCUUUUUUGACUUGGAAUGAUCGGUUCCUUUUGGGGUGUAUAUUUUGAUAGCUUUUAAAACUCAAUGUGAACGAAAACAAAAGAAUUUUAUUCAUAUUUUUCAUCCCAUGUAACUUUGUCAUAUUUAUUUGUACUGUAUGCUACUCUAGAAGAAAAAAUGUGUGUAACCGGCUGGUUAAUGAA